UGUGGACCAUACCUUCAUAGAUCAUGAACAUUUCUGAUACGUCUGCUCAAUGAUUUUGGCGGAAUGAAAUAAGAUGAUAAACAGUGAGCUAAAAAUGUGCUGUGCUGCCUGAGCUUAAUUGCAAUGUAUGAGAAUAAUCAAAAGCUUCCAUCCAGCAGUAUCGGAAAUUCAUGAGAACAAUGCCAACUGAUCAAAUACAAUAUUCUGAAAAAUACAACGACGAUAAGUAUGAAUACAGGCAUGUCAUUCUACCUGUGGACUUAGCGAAGAAUGUACCUAAAUCUCACUUAAUGACAGAAACUGAAUGGCGAAACUUAGGCGUUCAACAAAGCCCUAACUGGGUGCACUACAUGAUGCAUGGUCCAGAUUCUGACUAUAAUAAAAUAUUUACCGAAGAGGGUCCAAACUCGGACCGAAACGUAUAACUAACAUUUGUUUGUUUUUAUUGUAACUGGCCUUUCCAAUCGACGACUGAUUGAGUGAUCUAACAUAAAUACAAGGUUUAGACUGAUUUAUCAAUAUAUGUAUGUCUACUCUGCAGACAGAGUCAAAGUUUUAAAUGUAAGCUUUACUUACUAUCUAGUAUCAGUUUGCUUUAUACGUUAUCAAAUGUUUUUUUAACUCAGUCAUGUGUAACGUCUCACUAGAAAUAAAAAAUAAAUGUACUAGAAGCUAAAAACACUUUACAAUUUACUAUUAUUAAUAACAAUUUGUAAGCUUUUUAUCAUUUCUUUAACCUACAUUUAUUUUAUUUUCCAUUUACGAGACAUACGUUUCAUUUAUUUAAUUUCAACAGCGGUUAUAUAUCUAACCUCUUCGAUUUAACAUCUUUUAAUUUAUUGCUUCUGUCAUGCAGGCUUUUACCAUCCUAUGUAUAAUAUUCUGAUGAUCACCAUCGAUGUUCGGUCGAAACGUGAAACGAUGCGGUGAGAUCUCGCAGAAUUUUAAAUAAAUGGAGCUUUAAUCAGU